CCGGGGGCCUCCUGCCGCCGCUGCCGCCGCCAUGGUGAAGGAGACCACCUACUACGAUGUGCUGGGCGUGAAGCCCAACGCGUCCGCCGAGGAGCUGAAGAAGGCCUACCGCAAGCUCGCGCUCAAGUACCACCCGGACAAGAACCCCAAUGAGGGCGAGAAGUUCAAGCAGAUCUCGCAAGCUUACGAAGUGCUGUCGGACCCGAAGAAGAGGGAGCUGUAUGACAAAGGAGGCGAGCAAGCUAUCAAGGAGGGCGGCUCCGGCGGCGGCUUCGGGUCACCCAUGGACAUAUUCGAUUUGUUCUUCAGCGGAGGGAGGAUGCAGAGGGGGGAGAGGCGAGGUAAAAACGUGGUCCACCAGUUGUCAGUAAGUUUAGAAGAUAUGUACAAUGGUGCAAUGAGAAAACUUGCACUGCAGAAAAAUGUUAUCUGUGACAAGUGUGAAGGUCGUGGUGGUAAAAAAGGUGCAGUAGAAUGCUGCCCUAAUUGCAGGGGAACAGGCAUGCAGAUCAGAAUUCACCAGAUUGGGCCAGGAAUGGUGCAGCAGAUCCAGUCUGUGUGUAUGGAGUGUCAGGGGCAUGGGGAGCGUAUCAGCCCCAAGGACCGGUGUAAGAGCUGCAAUGGCAGAAAAAUUGUUCGAGAGAAGAAGAUCCUGGAAGUUCACAUUGACAAAGGAAUGAAGGAUGGUCAGAAAAUAACAUUCCAUGGUGAAGGGGACCAAGAGCCAGGUCUGGAGCCAGGGGAUAUUAUUAUUGUCUUGGAUCAGAAAGACCACUCUGUAUUUACAAGACGAGAUGAAGAUCUACUUCUGUCUAUGGAUAUUCAGCUGGUUGAAGCACUAUGUGGCUUUCAAAAGCCCAUCACAACGCUGGAUAACAGAACUAUUAUUAUUACCUCCCGUCCUGGCCAGGUUGUUGAGCAUGGGGCUGUUAAGUGUGUGUUGAAUGAAGGUAUGCCAAUUUAUCGCAGACCAUAUGAAAAAGGACGUCUGAUCAUAGAAUUCAGGGUGAUCUUCCCAGAGAGUGGCUUCCUUUCCUCAGAUAAGCUGUCCUUACUCGAAAAACUGCUACCUACAAGGCAGGAGAUAGAAGAAACUGAGGAAAUGGAACAGGUGGAAUUAGUGGACUUCGAUCCAUCUCAAAAGCGAAAACACCACUAUAAUGGAGAAGUGUGUGAAGAUGAUGAGCAUCAGCCUAGAGGUGGUGUUCAGUGCCAGACAUCAUAAAUGGGCCAGUGAAUAACUUGUGAUGCUUGUUUUGUAUGCAGUAGUGGAUGGGUGAAGGACUACAAGCAGUUUGCCCUCACCUGCUAUUUGUUGUUCUAUCCAGCCAUAGUCAUUUCUAAAAGCAUAAAGAAAUAAACUAAGUAACUAAAC